UCCUUCCCUUGUUCCCUCCCAAUCCCCUCAACGCUGUCGCGGCCCAAACCCUCUCCGCUCCCCACCGCCACCAAACCCUAGCGCGAUGUCGAGCAUCGCCGCCUCCCGCCGCUCGUCGUCGGCCACCGCGAAGCGCCCCGCGAUGGCAGAGAGCGCCGGGGGACCCAAGGCGCCGGGCCCCGACGCCGCGCAGGCCAAGAAGCGCGUCGCGCUCGGCAACAUCACCAAUGUCGCCGCGGGAGGGGGGAGGAAGGUUGCGCCUCUGCCAGGCACCGCGAAGUUGAAUUCAGCUGCCUCUGGUGCGCCCGUUAAGAAGGGAUCCUUGGCAAGCGCUCGCAGUGUGAGCUCCAUUCGGGGUUCUGCUGUGAAAUCUGCUUCCACCAAGCCAGCUCCACCCCUAUCUCGCUAUGGUAGCACGACACAAAAGCAAAAUGUUCCUCCUCCUAAAGUGCCUACCAUUGUCCAUGUGCCGAAUCGCAUACCUGCCUUGGCACCCUGCAGCAGCUUUGUGUCUCCUGGACGCUCAGAAGAUUCAGUGUCUGUUGACGAGACGAUGUCGAUUUGUGACUCUAUGAAAAGCCCGGACUUUGAGUACAUAGACAAUGGGGAUUCCUCAAUGCUCGCUUCAUUGCAGCGAAGGGCAAAUGAGCACCUACGUAUCUCAGAUGAUAGAGAUGCUGAGGCAGAAACUAAGUGGAAGAAGAAUGCCCCUGCCCCAACGGAAAUGGACAGCAUUUGUGAUGUUGACAAUGAUUUUGAGGAUCCACAGUUGUGUGCUACUCUCGCUUCCGACAUCUACAUGCACCUGCGAGAGGCUGAGACCAGGAAAAGGCCGUCAACUGAUUUUAUGGAAAUGAUUCAAAAGGAUGUAAACCCAAGCAUGAGGGCUAUUUUGAUAGACUGGCUUGUGGAAGUUGCUGAAGAAUACCGUCUUGUUCCUGAUACAUUAUACCUGACAGUUAACUACAUUGACCGUUAUCUCUCUGGUAACGAAAUCAACCGUCAAAGGCUGCAAUUACUCGGUGUUGCUUGCAUGCUUAUAGCUGCAAAAUAUGAGGAGAUAUGUGCACCCCAAGUAGAAGAGUUCUGCUACAUAACUGAUAACACAUACUUCAGAGAUGAGGUUUUAGAAAUGGAAGCUUCUGUCCUGAACUACCUGAAGUUUGAAAUGACUGCACCUACAGCAAAGUGCUUUUUGAGGAGAUUUGCUCGUGCUGCACAAGUAUGUGAUGAGGAUCCAGCUUUGCAUCUAGAGUUCGUAGCCAAUUAUGUCUCUGAACUAUCACUGCUGGAGUACAAUCUAUUAUCUUACCCUCCUUCACUAAUAGCUGCAUCAGCUAUCUUCUUGGCGAAAUUUAUACUGCAGCCAACAAAGUAUCCAUGGAAUUCCACCCUUGCCCAUUACACGCAGUACAAGCCGUCGGAAUUAUGUGACUGUGUAAAGGCACUGCACCGCCUUUUCAGUGUUGGUCCUGGGAGGAACCUUCCUGCAAUCAGAGAAAAGUACAGUCAACAUAAGUACAAAUUUGCCGCAAAGAAGCACUGUCCACCAUCCAUUCCUACUGAAUUCUUCCGGGAUGCAACAUGCUAGACUAGUACAAGCGGAGUAGUGUAGUUGCAGUUGCUUACUGAAUUCUUCCUCUUGUGGCUCAAAUGGCCAGUUGCACCGCACGCCUGUGCAGGUGGCUGGUUGACGCAGGAGUGCUGAUGGCCCCUGUUGUUUCAGAUGAUUAGAAGAGUGUAGAUUCUAGAUGGAUGCUCUAGUGUUUGUGGUCAUGUUAGGGGCAUUGGUGUAUGAUAUUAUCUCAUCCUCUCCUGGUUCCUGAUGUUCUCUUCCUGUAUCUAGACCCAUGUUUUCAGGCGCAUGUAAAUCAGAGUUCUGUAGCAAAGCACAACAUCUUGUUUGUAAUGCGAUAAUACUGGAGUCAGCCACUUGAAAGCAUGGCUACCAAGUUGGGUGACGCCCAUGUUUGAUGUAUGAGUGCCGUCGCACCGCUAGUCUGAUAAUAAGAGCACCAUAUUUUAGCAGUGCUCAGUUCC